AUGUCUACCACUUCUGUAGACACUCUCGUUAUCGGCGCAGGUGAGCAAUGCUCGAGCCCUCGAGGUGCACGACCCACAGCAAGCUGACACGGCGCGCGCCGCCUCUGGCAACCUUCAGGUCCCACCGGCCUCGGUGCGGCCAAGCGUCUCAACCAGCUCGUGAGUAGAAUUGAGCGUGCCCAUUCUCGCAAGGCCUGUCUCCUCGCACUGGUCAAGGACUGACACUCCGAGUGCAUCACUCCUAUAGAACCAAGGCACAUGGGCUCUGAUCGACUCUUCCGAAGAGGCGGGAGGUCUCGCAUCGACCGACGUGACUCAGGAAGGCUUCCUCUUCGACGUCGGUGGUCACGUCAUCUUCUCGCACUACACUUACUUUGAUGAUGUCAUCCACGAAGCCCUGCCAAAGGACAGUGACUGGUACGAGCACCAGCGUGUCUCGUAUGUUCGCUCAAAGAACGUUUGGGUGCCUUGUGAGUGGCGAGGAGGCUUUCAAACGAAUCAGAUGGAGGUUCCCGUGUUUCGGGCCAGCAGGGAGACGCAAUCCAACUUUCUGGCGUGGAGGUGCAAAUUGUGACAUCCUGCACUGCAAGGAUGGAUGAGGCGCUACUUGGGACGAAGCUUAGCGCGGGCGCUCGGGGCCCUGCGUCAAUCUGAAUGUCUGCUGAGAUGCUCGGACUAAUUCUCACCCGAGGAUCUGGGGCAGGGGAAGUUACUUGCUCACACACGCUGCACCUGCUCUGCUUUGCCACAGACCCUUACCAAAACAACAUCAGCGUUCUGCCAGUCGAGGAUCAAGUCAAGGCUAUUGAAGGCAUGAUCGACGCUGCCGAGGUGCGCAUUCGCGCCAAGGACGCUCCCAAGGACUUCGACGAGUGGAUUCUGCGUCAGAUGGGUGAGUCGCUGCAGGUUUUCACAACUCGAUGCCUGCAAAACGUACUCACGCUAUCGCUCGAAAUGACAGGUGAGGGUAUUGCAAAUCUCUUCAUGAGGCCUUACAACUUCAAAGUAUGGGCCGUUCCCACUACCCACAUGCAGUGCAAGUGGUUGGGCGAGCGUGUUGCUGCACCAUCUCUCAAGCUUGUUGUCUCCAACACCAUCAACAAAAAGGUUGCUGGAGGAUGGGGACCAAACGCUACCUUCAAAUUCCCUGCUGAGGGUGGCACAGGUGGUAUCUGGAAGGCGGUUGCCAAGACGCUUCCCAAGGAGAAGCUCAUUUUCAAAAAGCGGGUUGAGAAGGUCGAUGCUGCUGGACACAGCGUCAAGCUCGACGAUGGCAGCUCGAUCAAGUACAAGAACCUGAUCACCACAAUGGGCGCAGACUACCUCAUUGACAACCUUGACGGUGCCGACCCCGCUGACGUCAAGCAGCUCAAGGAGGCCAAGGAGGACUUGGUUUACUCGAGCACUCAUGUUAUCGGUAUCGGAAUCCGCGGCGAGCUUCCUCCUCGCAUCGGCGACAAGUGCUGGCUCUACUUCCCCGAGGACGACUGUCCCUUCUACCGAGCCACCAUUUUCUCCAACUACAGCCCCAACAACUGCCCUCAAGCCGAUGCCAAGCUGCCUACCUUGCAGUACGCCGAUGUCAGCAAGGGCAAGCCCACGGACACUUCUCCCAAGUCAGGCCCCUACUGGUCUCUUAUGAUGGAAGUGUCAGAGUCUCACCUGAAGCCAGUCGAUGCCCAGAAAAUCCUCGCUGAGACUGUGCAGGGAUGCGUCAACACGCAGCUGAUGCAGCCAACCGACGAGAUCGUCUCGCUCUACCACCGCAAGUUCACCCCAGGCUACCCCACCCCAAGCUUGAAGCGAGACGCUGCCUUGGCAAAGAUCUUGCCAGUGCUUUCGGACAAGUACAACAUCUUCAGCAGAGGCCGCUUCGGCAGUUGGAAAUACGAGGUUGGAAACCAGGACCACUCGUUCAUGCUGGGUGUGGAAGCUGUGGACAGAGCGCUGUACGGAUCUCCCGAGCUCACGCUCGACAGCCCAGACUAUGUGAAUGGACGCAGAAACACCGAGCGCAGGCUCACCAAGGCUUGA